AUGUCCAACAAACCUGACAAGAAGCGGAAACCAGGGAGCCGCCGGGGAGGUGCCCGGGGUGGCCGUGUGGGGCGAGUUGUUCAGCCCCCACAGGUUAGGCCUAUUGAGAAUGUCCUGCCAGUCGUUGAGGUAGAGGAAGAGCCUGAGACCAUCAAGGAGGAGCCUGAGCCAUUGUUGGAGGACCUCAAAUUCCAAGAAGAGUUUGAGUCUCAAGUGGAUGUGAAGUUUCUCUUUCGGUCUCAAAUAACGCUGACAGGACUGUCCAGAUUCACGUGGACAAAGGAGCAUGAUGCUGUCCUGGAACGCUUUGCGGAGGAUCCCACAGAACCCAUCCUCACCGUCUACAUUGACCCCUAUUUUGGGUUAAAGGUGGAAAUGGGCAUGCCUGUGCAGACCCAGAAUCAGCUUGUCUACUUCAUUCGCCAAGUACCAGAGCCCAUCACUCAUGAGAACUUCCGGUCAAUAGUGCAGUUUGGGAUGGUGCGGGGUCCCUACAUCCCUGCCCUGCUCCGGCUGCUCAGUGGCGUCUAUGUCCCUCAGAUCUUCGCAAAUACAACCUGGCCUGAGAGCAUUCGAAAUCAUUUUGCUUCACAUCUGCACAGGUUCUUGGCCUGCCUGACAGAUACCCGGUACAAACUGGAAGGACACACCGUUCUCUACAUCCCUGCAGAGGCCAUGAACAUGAAGCCGGAAGUGGUGGUCAAGGACAAAGAACUGGUGCAGCGGCUGGAGACCUCCAUGAUCCACUGGACCCGGCAGAUCAAGGAGGUGCUCAGUGCGCAGGAGUCUGUGGAGACAGGAGAAAGUUUGGGUCCUUUGGAAGAGAUUGAGUUCUGGCACAACCGAUGCAUGGACCUGUCUGGCAUCAGCAAGCAGCUGGUGAAGGAGGGGGUGAAGCAUAUUGAGUCCAUCCUGAACCUCGCCAAGUCGUCCUACUUGGCUCCCUUUGUAAAAAUGGCGCAGCAGAUCCAGGAUGGCUCUCGCCAAGCACAGUCAAACCUGACCUUCUUGUCGAUACUGAAGGAGCCCUAUCAGGAACUGGCUUUCAUGAAGCCCAAGGAUAUCUCCAGCAAGCUGCCGAAGCUGAUCAGCCUCAUCCGCAUCAUCUGGGUCAACUCUCCCCAUUACAACACGCGGGAGAGACUGACCUCUCUCUUUCGAAAGGUCUGUGACUGUCAAUAUCAUUUUGCCCGUUGGGAAGAUGGCAAGCAAGGACCCCUUCCUUGCUUCUUUGGUGCCCAGGGGCCACAGAUCACACGGAACUUGUUGGAAAUUGAGGAUAUCUUUCACAGAAGCCUGAGCAUGCUGCGAGCUGUUCGUGGGGACAUCCUGGAUGUCAAGAAUACAUUUUGGCAUGAAGACUACAAUAAAUUCCGGGCUUCAAUCAAAGACCUGGAGGUGAUGACCCAGAACUUGAUCACUUCGGCCUUUGAGUUUGUUCGGGAUGUGGAGCAUGGGGUGCUCCUGCUAGACACCUUCCACCGGCUUGCAAACCGUGAGGCCAUCAAGCGCACAUAUGAGAAGAAGACAGUGGAUCUCUACAUGUUGUUCAAUAGUGAACUGGCCCUUGUGAACCGUGAACUGAAUAAGAAACUUCCAUACCUGGAACCUUACAUGGCUCAGUAUUCUGGCCUGGCACACUGGGUGCUCAUCCUCCGGCGCCGCAUCGACAGGGUCAUGAAUUGCCUUUCUGGUGCCCAUUUCCUGCCCCACAUUGGGACUGGAGAGGAGAGUGUGCAUACUUACCAGCAGAUGGUUCAAGCCAUUGAUGAACUGGUUCGAAAAACCUUCCAAGAGUGGACAGCAACGCUGGAUAAGGACUCCAUUCGGCGGCUAGACACACCACUAUUACGAAUCAGCCAGGAGAAGCCGGGAAUGCUGGACGUUAACUUUGACAAGAUUAUCGCCACGCUGUCCACAGAUGAACAGGCCCUGUUCAAAGAGCGUAUCCGGUUCCUAGAUAAGAAGAUCCACCCUGGACUCAAGAAGCUGCACUGGGCCCUGAAGGGGGCCAGCGUCUACUUCAUCACGGAGUGCCGUGUACAUGCCAGCAAGGUGCAGAUGAUCGUGAAUGAUUUCAAGGCUUCAACUCUAACCAUUGGCUGGCGGGCCCAAGAGAUAUCAGAGACACUGCUGGUACAUAUUACUGGUAAACGGGUGUACAGAGAUCUGGAAUUUGAGGAAGCCCAAAGGGAACAUCGGGCAGUAGUUCAACAGAAACUGAUGGACCUGCAUGAGGAUGUGGUGAACAUCAUGACCAACUCCUACGAAGUGUUUAAGAACGAUGGACUCGAGAUUCAGCAGCAGUGGAUGCUGUACAUGAUUCGAUUGGACCGCAUGAUGGAGGAGGCCCUUCGCCUGAACAUAAAGUGGUCACUGCUAGAAUUGUCCAAGGCCAUCAACGGGGAUGGGAAGACCAUGCCAAACCCACUCUUCCGAGUCCUUGUCAUUUUGCAGAAUGAUACACAGGGCGGUGUGGCUCAGGUGGAAUUCUCACCCAGUCUGCAGACUUUGGCAAAUGUGGUCAAUGACAUUGGCAACCAGCUCUUUCACUCCAUCUCUGUCUUCCGCCAUCUCCCCGAUAUCCUCAUGAAGCGCAAGUUGCAUCGGGAACCCAUCUGUGCCACUGUGGAGAGAGAUGAAGAUAUAAAGAAGAUCCAGGCACAGAUCAGCAGCGGCAUGACUAACAAUGCAGCCCUGCUGCAGAACUACCUCAAGACCUGGGAUAUGUAUCGGGAAAUCUGGGAGAUCAACAAAGACUCCUUCAUCCGUCGCUACCAGCGCCUCAACCCUCCUGUCUCUUCCUUUGAUGCUGAUAUUGCCCGCUACACAGAGGUGGCAAACAAUGUGCAGAAGGAAGAGACGGUCCUUAACAUCCAGUUUGUGCUGCUGGACUGUUCAAACCUCAAGUUCUCUUUGGUGCAACACUGCAAUGAGUGGCAGAACAAGUUCACGACUCUGCUCAAGGAGAUGGCAGCUAAGCACCUGCUGGAGCUGCACACCUACCUGAAGGAGAAUGCAGAGAAAAUCAGCCAUCCUCCUCAGACGCUGGAGGAAUUGGGGGGCAGUUUACAACUCAUGGAAACCCUGCAGCAUGAUUUGCCCAACCUGGAAACCCAGAUACCUCCCAUCCAUGAGCAAUUUGCCAUUCUGGAAAAGUAUGAAGUAUCUGUUUCAGAAAGUGUCCUGGAGAUGCUGGAUAAUCUGAAUGGGGAAUGGCUCACCUUCCAACAAACUCUCACAGACAGUGAACAAAUGCUGAAGAAACACAAGGAGAAAUUCAAGACAGGCCUUAUUCAUUCUGCCGAUGACUUCAAGAAGAAGGCACACACCCUUCUUGAAGACUUUGACCUAAAAGGGCCCUUCACCAGCAACGUGGGUGCUGCUGCUGCCCUGGAGCAGAUUGCCCAGGUACGGGCUAUGCUGAACAGCAUGCGAGAGGAGGAGAACAAUCUCCGAUCCAACCUGGGCAUCUUCAAGAUCGAGCAGCCGGCCUCCAAGGACCUUCAGAACCUGGAGAAGGAGCUUGAUGCCCUUCAGCAAGUAUGGGAGAUCACUCGGGACUGGGAGGAGAGCUGGAACCAAUGGAAGACGGGCCGGUUCCUGACCCUGCAGACGGAGGCCAUGGAAACCAUGGCCCAUGGGCUGUUUCGUCGCCUCACAAGGCUUGCCAAAGAGUAUAAGGACCGAAACUGGGAAAUUAUUGAAACCACUCGCUCCAAAAUCGAGCAGUUCAAGAGGACCAUGCCGCUCAUCUCGGACCUGCGGAACCCUGCCCUCCGCGAUAGGCACUGGGACCAGGUCAGAGAUGAGAUCCAACGGGACUUUGACCAGGAGUCAGAAAGCUUUACUUUGGAGCAGAUUGUGGAACUUGGGAUGGAUCAGCAUGUGGAGAAAAUUGGGGAGAUCUCUGCCUCGGCAACAAAAGAAUUGGCCAUUGAAUUGGGAUUACAAAACAUUGCCAAGACUUGGGAGGUGACUCAGCUAGACAUAGUACCCUACAAGGAUAAGGGCCAUCACCGGCUCAGAGGUACAGAAGAAGUAUUCCAGGCCCUGGAAGAUAAUCAGGUAGCUCUGUCCACCAUGAAGGCGUCACGUUUUGUCAAGGCCUUUGAGAAGGAGGUGGACCACUGGGAACGUUGCCUCUCCCUCAUAUUGGAAGUUAUUGAGAUGGUUCUCACAGUGCAGCGCCAGUGGAUGUACCUAGAGAAUAUCUUCAUGGGAGAGGAUAUCCGCAAGCAGCUGCCCAAUGAAUCAGCCCUAUUUGACCAGGUCAACAGUAACUGGAAAAGCAUCCUGGACCGGAUGAGCAAGGACAACAAUGCUCUCAGGAGCACCCACUAUCCAGGCCUCCUGGACACACUGAUAGAAAUGAAUACAAUCCUGGAGGAUAUUCAGAAGUCUCUGGAUAUGUAUUUGGAGACCAAGCGCCAUAUUUUCCCCCGCUUCUACUUCUUGUCCAAUGAUGACCUGCUGGAGAUUCUGGGCCAGUCCCGGAACCCCGAAGCUGUGCAGCCACACCUCAAAAAAUGCUUUGACAACAUCAAAUUACUGAGGAUCCAGAAGGUUGGGGGUUCCAGCAGCAAAUUGGAAGCUGUGGGAAUGUUCUCAGGUGAUGGCGAAUAUAUUGAUUUCCUCCACUCAGUACUUUUAGAAGGGCCUGUGGAGAAUUGGCUGGGUGAAGUGGAAAGGACCAUGAGGAUAACGCUGCGGGAACUUCUCCGGAACUGCCGAGUGGCUCUUAAGAAGUUCCUCAACAAGAGGGACAAAUGGGUGAAGGAAUGGGCUGGUCAGGUGGUAAUCACGGCCAGUCAGAUCCAGUGGACAGCUGAUGUGACCAAGUGCCUGAUGACAGCUAAGGAGCGGGCAGACAAGAAAAUCCUCAAAGUCAUGAAGAAAAAACAGGUGUCCAUACUAAACAAAUAUUCAGAAGCCAUCAGGGGGAACUUGACCAAGAUUAUGCGGCUUAAAAUUGUGGCUCUGGUGACAAUAGAAAUUCAUGCCCGGGAUGUAUUGGAGAGGCUUUAUAAAAGUGGCCUAAUGGAUGUCAAUUCCUUUGACUGGCUCUGCCAACUUCGGUUCUACUGGGAGAAGGAUUUUGAUGACUGCAUAAUCCGUCAGACCAAUACACAAUUCCAGUAUGGUUAUGAAUAUUUGGGGAACUCUGGCAGGCUGGUCAUCACCCCACUGACAGACAGGUGUUACAUGACACUGACCACCGCACUGCACCUGCAUCGAGGGGGCUCCCCCAAAGGUCCAGCGGGCACUGGAAAGACAGAGACUGUUAAGGACCUGGGCAAGGGCCUGGGUAUAUAUGUCAUCGUGGUCAACUGCUCUGAGGGCCUGGACUAUAAAUCCAUGGGUCGAAUGUACUCAGGCCUGGCCCAGACCGGAGCCUGGGGCUGCUUUGAUGAGUUUAACCGCAUCAACAUUGAGGUAUUGUCAGUGGUGGCCCAGCAGAUCCUGUCCAUCCUGUCUGCUUUGGCUGCUGGUCUUCUCCGUUUCUAUUUUGAAGGCUUUGAAAUAAAUCUGGUGUGGUCCUGUGGCAUCUUCAUUACCAUGAAUCCUGGCUACGCUGGUCGCACAGAGCUUCCUGAAAAUCUUAAAUCCAUGUUCCGUCCAAUUGCCAUGGUGGUGCCUGAUUCUGUCCUUAUUGCAGAAAUCAUUCUGUUUGGGGAGGGCUUUGGCAACUGCAAGAUCCUGGCUAAGAAAGUCUACACGCUCUACUCACUUGCUGUGCAGCAGCUCUCCAGACAAGACCAUUAUGACUUUGGCCUCCGUGCCCUCACCUCCCUCCUUCGCUAUGCUGGCAAGAAGCGCCGCCUGCAGCCGGAUCUGGCUGAUGAAGAGGUUCUGCUGCUCUCAAUGAGAGAUAUGAAUAUUGCCAAGCUAACGUCAGUUGAUGUGCCACUGUUCAAUGCCAUUGUGCAAGACCUUUUCCCCAAUAUUGAACUGCCCGUCAUAGACUAUGGCAAGCUACGGGAGACCAUUGAGCAGGAGAUUCUCAAUAUGGGCCUACAGAUCACACCGUUCACCCUCACCAAGGUCAUCCAGUUGUACGAAACUAAGAACUCCCGCCACUCCACCAUGAUUGUGGGCUGCACAGGCAGCAGCAAGACUACUUCCUGGAAAAUCCUGCAGGCUUCCCUGUCCUCGCUGUGUCGCGCUGGAGAGCCCAACUUCAACAUUGUUAAAGAGUACCCCUUGAACCCUAAGGCAUUGUCCUUAGGAGAACUCUAUGGAGAAUAUGAUCUGAACAGUAAUGAAUGGACAGAUGGCAUCUUGUCCAGCGUCAUGCGGGUGGCAUGUGCAGAUGAGAAACCAGAUGAGAAAUGGAUCCUUUUUGAUGGUCCUGUGGACACGCUGUGGAUUGAGAGUAUGAACUCCGUCAUGGAUGACAACAAGGUGUUGACGCUGAUUAAUGGAGAACGCAUCGCAAUGCCUGAGCAGGUGUCACUUUUAUUCGAAGUGGAGAACUUGGCAGUGGCCUCUCCAGCUACUGUCUCCCGCUGUGGCAUGGUCUACACUGACUAUGUGGACCUAGGCUGGAAGCCCUACGUUCAGUCGUGGCUAGAUAAGAGGCCAAAGGCUGAGGUAGAACCCCUGCAACGCAUGUUUGAUAAGUUCAUCAACAAGCUUCUGGCCUUUAAGAAGGAAAACUGCAUCGAGCUGGUGCCCAUCCCUGAGUACAGUGGCAUCAUCUCCCUCUGUAAGCUGUACUCGGUCCUGGCCACACCUGAGAAUGGGGUGAACCCCGCGGAUAGCGAUAACUAUAGCGCUAUGGUAGAGUUGACAUUUGUGUUCAGCAUGAUCUGGUCUGUGUGUGGCUCUGUGGAUGAGGAUGGACGCAAGAAGAUUGAUAGUUACCUCCGAGAAAUCGAGGGUUCCUUUCCCAAUAAGGACACAGUGUAUGAAUAUUAUGUGAACCCCAAGAUACGGACUUGGACAUCAUUUGAAGAGAAGCUUCCUAAGAGCUGGCGUUACCCUCCAAAUGCUCCCUUCUAUAAGAUUAUGGUGCCCACCAUCGACACUGUUCGCUAUAACUACCUGGUGAGCACUUUGGUGGCUAACCAGAAUCCUGUCCUGUUGGUGGGUCCCGUGGGGACCGGAAAGACCUCCAUAGCCCAGAGUGUUCUGCAGUCCUUGCCCACCAGCCAGUGGUCGGUGCUUAUUGUCAACAUGUCUGCACAGACCACAUCCAACAAUGUGCAGAGUAUCAUUGAGAGCAGAGUGGAGAAGAGAACCAAAGGUGUGUAUGUGCCAUUUGGGGGCAAAAGCAUGAUCACCUUUAUGGAUGACCUCAACAUGCCAGCUAAGGAUACAUUUGGGUCCCAACCGCCCCUGGAGCUGAUCCGCCUUUGGAUUGACUAUGGCUUUUGGUACGAUCGUUUGAAGCAGACCAUCAAGUACAUCCGAGACAUGUUCCUGAUGGCUGCCAUGGGCCCUCUUGGAGGUGGACGGACUGCCAUCUCCCCAAGGCUACAGAGUCGCUUCAACAUUGUCAACAUGACCUUUCCCACAGAGUCCCAGAUCAUCCGAAUAUUUGGCACUAUGAUCAACCAGAAGCUUCAGGACUUCGAGGAAGAAGUGAAGCCUAUUGGGAACAUAGUGACGGAGGCCACCCUGGACGUGUACAAUACAGUGGUGCAGCGCUUCCUGCCCACACCUGCCAAGAUCCAUUACCUCUUCAACCUUCGAGACAUCUCCAAGGUGUUCCAGGGGAUGCUUAGAGCCAACAAGAACUUCCAUGACACCAAAUCCAGCAUCACACGACUCUGGAUUCAUGAGUGCUUCAGAGUCUUCUCUGACCGACUGGUUGAUUCGGCGGACAUGGAAGCCUUUAUGGGCAUCAUAAGUGAUAAACUUGGCACCUUCUUUGACCUCACAUUUCAUAAUCUCUGUCCCAACAAACGUCCUCCUAUUUUUGGGGACUUUCUGAAGGAGCCCAAGGUGUAUGAAGACCUGACAGAUCUGACAUUACUGAAGACAGUCAUGGAGACAGCCUUAAAUGAGUACAACAUCUCCCCUUCUGUGGUGCCAAUGCAGCUGGUGCUCUUCCGGGAGGCCAUUGAACACAUCACACGGAUUGUGCGGGUGAUUGGACAGCCUCGGGGCAACAUGCUCUUGGUGGGCAUCGGGGGCAGUGGACGCCAGAGCCUGGCCCGUUUGGCAUCAUCCAUUUGUGACUAUGAAACCUUUCAGAUUGAAGUCACCAAACACUAUCGGAAGCAGGAGUUCCGAGACGAUAUUAAACGUCUCUAUCGCCAGGCUGGGGUAGACCUCCGGACCACAUCUUUCCUUUUUGUGGACACCCAAAUUGCUGAUGAAUCCUUCUUAGAGGAUAUUAACAACAUCCUCAGCUCUGGCGAGGUCCCCAAUCUCUACAAAAGCGAGGAAUUUGAGGAGAUCCAGACACAGAUUAUAGAUCAGGCCCGGCAAGAACAGGUGCCUGAGUCCUCUGACAGCAUCUUCGCCUACCUGAUUGAGCGCGUGCGCAACAACCUGCACAUCGUGCUCUGCCUCAGUCCAGUGGGGGACCCCUUCAGGAACUGGAUCCGCCAGUACCCAGCCUUGGUGAACUGCACAACCAUCAACUGGUUCUCAGAGUGGCCCAGAGAAGCCUUGCUAGAGGUGGCUGAGAAGUACCUCGUGGGUGUGGACCUGGGGACGCAAGAGAAUAUCCACAGGAAGGUGGCCCAGAUCUUCGUCACCAUGCACUGGUCAGUGGCCCAGUAUUCUCAGAAGAUGCUGCUAGAACUUCGAAGACAUAACUACGUCACACCCACAAACUACCUAGAGCUGGUGUCUGGAUAUAAGAAGCUGCUAGCAGAAAAACGGCAGGAGCUGCUGGACCAAGCCAAUAAGCUGCGGACGGGGUUGUUUAAGAUUGAUGAGACCAGGGAGAAAGUGGAAGUGAUGUCACUGGAGCUGGAGGAGGCCAAGAAGAAGGUGGCCGAGUUCCAGAAGCAGUGCGAGGAGUACCUGGUCAUCAUAGUUCAGCAGAAGCGGGAAGCGGAUGAGCAGCAGAAGGCAGUAACAGCUCACAGUGAAAAGAUCGCCAUUGAGGAAGUCAAGUGUCAACAAUUGGCAGACAAUGCCCAGAAGGAUCUAGAAGAAGCCUUGCCUGCCCUGGAAGAGGCCAUGCGGGCCUUGGAGUCUCUGAACAAGAAAGAUAUAGGUGAGAUCAAGUCCUAUGGUCGGCCCCCAGCUCAAGUGGAGAUAGUGAUGCAAGCAGUCAUGAUUCUUCGGGGCAAUGAACCCACAUGGGCAGAGGCCAAGCGACAGCUAGGGGAACAGAAUUUCAUCAAGUCUCUGAUCUACUUUGAUAAAGACAACAUCUCAGAUAAGGUCCUGAAGAAGAUCGGAGCCUACUGUGCCCAGCCUGACUUCCAGCCUGACAUCAUUGGCCGAGUCUCCCUGGCUGCCAAGUCCCUGUGCAUGUGGGUGCGGGCCAUGGAGCUGUAUGGACGGCUGUAUAGAGUCGUGGAGCCCAAAAGGAUCCGAAUGAAUGCUGCCCUGGCCCAGCUUCAGGAAAAGCAAGCGGCCCUCGCCGAGGCCCAGGAGAAGCUGCGGGAGGUAGCAGAAAAACUGGAAAUGCUAAAGAAACAGUAUGAUGAGAAGCUGGCCCAGAAAGAGGAGCUUCGUAAGAAGUCUGAAGAGAUGGAGCUGAAACUGGAGCGAGCUGGUAUGCUGGUGUCUGGGCUGGCUGGUGAGAAGGCCCGAUGGGAGGAGACCGUGCAGGGCCUGGAGGAGGAUCUGGGCUACCUGGUAGGUGACUGUCUCCUGGCAGCAGCCUUCCUGUCCUACAUGGGACCCUUCCUUACCAACUACCGAGAUGAGAUUGUCAACCAAAUCUGGAUCAGAAAGAUCUGGGAGCUUCAAGUUCCUUGCUCACCCCGCUUUGCUAUUGAUAACUUUCUGACCAAUCCUACCAAAGUUCGAGACUGGAACAUCCAGGGCUUGCCCUCAGAUGCUUUCUCCACUGAAAAUGGCGUCAUUGUGACCCGGGGCAACAGGUGGGCUCUCAUGAUUGAUCCUCAGGCCCAGGCCCUCAAAUGGAUUAAGAACAUGGAAGGAGGCCAGGGCCUGCUGAUCAUUGACUUGCAGAUGAUAGAUUACCUUCGAGUCCUAGAAAAGGCCAUCCAGUUCGGGUAUCCAGUGCUUCUCCAGAAUGUGCAAGAAUAUCUGGACCCCACACUAAACCCCGUGCUCAACAAAUCUGUGUCUCGAAUAGGUGGUCGGCUGCUCAUGCGCAUUGGGGACAAGGAAGUGGAAUACAACCCCAAUUUCCGUUUCUAUAUCACCACCAAGCUCUCCAAUCCACACUACAGCCCAGAGACCUCAGCCAAGACCACCAUUGUCAACUUUGCUGUUAAAGAGCAGGGCCUAGAGGCCCAACUGCUGGGCAUUGUGGUUCGAAAGGAAAGACCUGAGCUGGAGGAGCAGAAGGAUUCACUGGUUAUCAAUAUUGCUGCUGGGAAAAGGAAGCUCAAGGAACUCGAGGAUGAGAUUCUCCGCUUGCUGAAUGAGGCCACAGGCUCUCUCCUAGACGAUGUGCAGCUGGUGAACACGCUGCAGACAUCCAAGAUCACUGCCAGUGAGGUGACAGAGCAACUGGAGACCAGCGAGACCACAGAGAUCAACAUUGACAUGGCCCGAGAAGCUUACCGCCCAUGCGCCCAGAGGGCCUCAGUGCUGUUCUUUGUGCUCAAUGACAUGGGCCGCAUCGACCCCAUGUAUCAGUUCUCAUUGGAUGCCUACAUCAGCCUCUUCAUCCUCAGUAUAGACAAGAGCCAUCGCAGCACCAAGCUGAAGGACCGCAUUGACUAUCUGAAUGACUACCACACCUAUGCGGUAUACAGGUACACCUGCCGUACGCUCUUUGAGCGCCACAAGCUGCUAUUCAGCUUUCACAUGUGUGCCAAAAUCCUGGAGACUUCUGGCAAGCUCAACAUGGAUGAGUACAACUUCUUUCUUCGUGGGGGCGUGGUCCUGGAUCGGGAGGGCCAAAUGGAUAACCCAUGUACUAGUUGGCUCGCAGAUGCCUAUUGGGAUAAUAUCACAGAGCUGGACAAACUGACCAACUUCCAUGGACUCAUGAACUCCUUCGAGCAGUAUCCUCGGGACUGGCUCCUGUGGUAUACUAACUCUGCCCCUGAGAAAGCUAUGCUGCCAGGUGAAUGGGAAAAUGCCUGCAAUGAAAUGCAGCGCAUGCUGAUCGUCCGCUCCCUGCGCCAGGACCGGGUGGCAUUCUGUGUCACUUCUUUCAUUGUCUCCAACCUUGGCUCCCGCUUCAUUGAGCCUCCUGUGUUGAACAUGAAAUUGGUGAUGGAGGAUUCCACCCCACGGUCUCCCCUUGUGUUCAUCUUGUCUCCGGGUGUGGACCCCACCAGUGCCCUGCUCCAGCUGGCAGAGAACACAGGCAUGGCCCAGCGCUUCCACGCCCUCUCCCUGGGCCAGGGCCAGGCUCCCAUUGCUGCUCGGCUUCUCCGAGAUGGUGUGCAACAUGGACAUUGGGUGUUCCUGGCAAACUGCCACCUGUCACUGUCUUGGAUGCCUAAUCUGGACAAGCUGGUAGAACAGCUGCAAGUAGAGGACCCUCACCCUUCAUUCCGUCUCUGGCUCAGCUCUAGCCCCCAUCCGGAUUUCCCUAUCUCCAUCCUGCAAGUGAGCAUCAAGAUGACCACAGAACCACCAAAGGGCCUAAAGGCCAACAUGACACGUCUUUACCAACUGAUGACAGAACCACAGUUCACCCGCUGCAUCAGACCUGCCAAAUAUAAGAAGCUGCUGUUUGCACUCUGCUUUUUCCACUCUGUGUUACUCGAACGCAAAAAGUUUCUGCAGCUUGGCUGGAACAUUGUCUACGACUUCAAUGAUUCUGACUUUGAGGUAUCAGAAAGCCUGCUGAGACUCUACCUGGAUGAUUAUGAGGAUACGCCCUGGGACGCACUCAAGUACCUCAUUGCUGGCGUCAACUAUGGUGGCCAUGUAACAGAUGACUGGGACCGGCGUCUGCUCACCACCUACAUCAAUGACUAUUUCUGUGACCAGGCUCUGUCAACAACUUUCUACCGGUUGUCUGUUUUGGAGACUUAUUUCAUUCCCAAAGAUGGAAGCCUGGCCUCUUACAAGGAAUACAUCAGUCUAUUGCCUGGCAUGGAUCCCCCUGAAGCCUUUGGCCAGCACCCCAAUGCUGACGUGGCCUCCCAGAUUACUGAGGCAAGAACCCUCUUCGAGACUCUGCUUUCCCUGCAACCCCAGAUCACACCCACCAGGGCUGGCAGCCAGAGCAGGGAAGAGAAGGUCCUGGAGUUAGCUGCUGAUGUAAAGCAGAAGAUUCCGGAGAUGAUUGACUAUGAAGGGACCCAAAAGGUGCUCGCUCUGGACCCAUCGCCCCUCAAUGUGGUCCUCCUGCAGGAGAUCCAGAGAUAUAACAAGCUGAUGGAUACCAUCCUGACCUCACUGACAGAUCUGGAGAAAGGCAUCCAGGGUCUCAUUGUCAUGUCGACAAGCCUUGAAGAGAUUUUCAAUUGCAUCUUUGAUGCUCAUGUUCCUCCACUCUGGGGAAAGGCAUAUCCCUCACAAAAGCCAUUGGCUUCAUGGACUCGGGACUUGGCUCUGCGCGUGGAGCAGUUUGAACUAUGGGCUAGUCGUGCACGGCCUCCUGUGCUUUUCUGGCUGUCUGGCUUUACCUUUCCCACUGGUUUCCUCACUGCUGUGCUGCAGUCGUCGGCUCGCCAAAAUAAUAUUUCAGUGGACUGCCUCUCCUGGGAGUUUAUCGUUUCCACUGUGGAUGACAGCAACUUAGUGUAUCCACCCAAGGAUGGUGUGUGGGUUCGAGGCCUAUAUUUGGAGGGUGCUGGCUGGGACUGGAAGAACUCGUGCUUGGUGGAGGCAGAGCCCAUGCAGCUGGUCUGCCUCAUGCCCACAAUCCACUUCCGACCUGCAGAGAGCCGCAAGAAGAGUGCCAAGGGCAUGUACUCUUGUCCCUGCUAUUACUAUCCCAACCGGGCAGGCACCUCAGAUCGAGCCUCCUUUGUCAUCGGCAUAGACCUUCGAUCUGGGGCUAUGACAUCUGAUCACUGGAUCAAGAGGGGCACUGCUCUACUCAUGAGCCUGGACAGCUGAGGAGGCUUCCUCUUCUCUCCUGUUUUUGAGAGUGUUGGGGAUAAUGAAAUUCCUAUUAAGGCUGGACCUUAAUCGGGCUUUGACCUUGGCUGAAUCUGAAAA